AGCGGCUGCAGACCUUCUGGAGCUGGAAUAACCUUCCAGUCUGCAACGUACUUCUCAGGUAAACGGACCAUCCAGCCCAUGCAGAAGAAUGGCAGGAUGGAAGUUUUUACUCCAUAUGAUGCAGAUAUCUGCGAUUACGAUGACUUUGUUACAAGUGCAGGUCAUAAAUGGGCAGCACGUGGCAGAAGACUCUUGUACUAUUCAGAUCCUUGUCCCUGGACUCAAAGGAGAACCAGGAGACAAAGGGCAAAAAGGAGCGCCUGGCAGACCAGGGAGAGUCGGCCCUGCAGGAGAGAACGGACAACCUGGGCUUAAAGGACAAAAAGGAAAUAUGGGACGCCAUGGAAAAUUUGGGCCAAGUGGAAUAAAAGGAGUUAAGGGUGACAUGGGCGACCCUGGUCCACAAGGCCCUAACGGAGAGCCAGGUGUUCCUUGUGAGUGCGCAGCGAUGAGGAAGGUGAUUGGAGAAAUGGACAUUGCUGUGGCCCAGCUGUCCUCAGAACUGACCUUCAUUAAAAAUGCACUGCCCUCCCCUGCAGCUGUUGCAGGCAUAAAAGAGACAGACAGUAAGGUCUAUCUGUUGGUGAAGGAGGAGAAGCGCUACGCCGACGCAGAGGCUCACUGCCAGGCGAGGGGAGGGCACCUGGCCAUGCCGAAGGACGACGGAGCCAACGGCGCCCUCGCGGGCUACAUAACGGCAGCGGGCCUGAGCAGAGUCUAUAUCGGCCUUCACGACCUGGACCGCGAAGGCGUGUUCAACUACGUGGACCGCUCUCCCAUGACCACCUUCAGCAAGUGGAGGAAAGGGGAGCCUAACAACGCCUAUGACGAUGAGGACUGCACUGAGAUGUUGGCCUCUGGGGAGUGGACGGAUGUGGCGUGCAAUCCGACCAUGUUCUUCAUUUGUGAAUUUGACAAAGACUCCGUGUGAUUGUGAUCAACAAGCUGGGAGAGAACGUGGGGGAAAGCAGGCACAACUUGAUGCACUGUUUGACGUCAAGCCUUCCUGUAAAUAACAAGACAACGACCUGCGAGUUGUACAAACAAGAGGAUGUUCUGUUUUAUUAUGGAUCUAAAAAGCUAUUUAUUUCUGAGCUUUCAGGAUCCUGAAGUUUGUUUUAGAUUCUUUGCGUUCUAAUCAAAUCCUCGGUACUACAUCCUGUAAUUCUUUAACCUUCCCAGCUACAGGCCCGUGUAUUGAGUUUUUAUGGUAUGCAAAUAUCCUGUAGGAGUCUCAUUGACUAACAGGGCAAAUAAGCAGCGCGCUAUAGAUUGUGUGGAGAAAUAUCCAAUUAAAAAACACAUUUUGGUUCCAGUUGAGUGCUUUUAAUCAAACAAAUAGAAUGCUGCAUGCAUUCUGCAUUUAUAUUCAACGUGAUAAGAAAUGUGCAGGUUGUACAAUAAACAUUGAUGGAUACAAAGCAAAGAAAAACAGGACAUUAUUUCCUACUGCUGAGCACGGUGUUUUAGUUUAUUGCUGCAUCUGUGCAAAAGCCUCAGACUGACUGUAACCAGAGGAGAACUGCUCGACAGAUAGCCUUGACGGGGGAGAAUUUCACAUCACUCUACUUCUUAAAAACUUCUAAAGGUUACCACGAUGCGCUACGUGUGUGUAAUACGUUAAUUCAUCAGGGCAAACAAACACAGAAGCUGCA